GAAAUUAUUCAGUAGGAGAUAAAAAAACAAAAAAAUCAGAAAAAUAUAGUAAAUCAGUUGUUAAUUUCUACAUCAUGAAAUCUGCUACUUUGCUUGUGGUUUCUUGUGUACUCAUGUUUUUGGUGAUGCAUAAUGCUAAAGUGGAGGCAGAAGAACACGCACCUUUACUUGUUGAAUUCAUUCCGGACACACCAUGUAAUCCUAAUCCUGCUAAGGCUGCUCAACAAUGCCUAAGGGAAACUCAUGAUAAAUACUAUACUCAUUGCAAAUGUAAAAAUCAAGCAGGUGGACAUGAUUGUUCAUGUUUACAUUGAUAAUUUCCCUUUAUAUGAUUUACCAAAUGUCCCAAACUAAAAUUUUAAUUAAUAAAAUUUAUCUAUUAAUCUGUG